CUCGUCAGUCAGUCUUACGGACGCGCGAUUCACGUUUGACACGUAGUUUCGGAUGCGUGAACCGACCGAAAUCGUCGAUGGUCGUAUGUUUAAUGGUGAUACUUGACGAAAGAACCACAAUUCGUAUGCGGUCGACUGGUGUCUCGUGGUGUGACGCUUUCUGGUAAGAUCGUAGUGGCACGUUUCGCUAUGUCGCAAGUGCUUUGGCCGCAAGAGGCGCAGUGACGACUCGCCCGUGAGCCUGCCGACAUCCUCGACAGCCCUGCGAUGGAGUCGAUCAGAAAAUGGUUCUAUAGGCCUAAGAGAGACGACACGAGUCUACUCGCUCAGUUUUUCUACGCCGACGAAUCUCUGAACGCGGUCGCCUGCGAGUUGGAUUCGUUCGAUGGUCGUCAGGAGCCAGAGAGAUGCACCUUGUUGGUCAACCAGCUGCGUCACUGUCAGGACAAGGUGCUGACGAUAUGCAGUCAGAUCAUGGACGAGCUGAUCCCGGAGAGCAGGGCGAACAGGGACUUCAGGGUGAAGUUCCCUGACGACGUGAUGCAGGAGAACCUCGCUGGACAGCUGUGGUUCGGGGCCGAAUGCCUGGCGGCUGGCUCCUCCAUCAUGAACAGAGAGGCCGAGAGUUCAGCCAUGAGGCCACUGGCGAGGGCUUUGACAAAGUCCUUGGACAUCGUGAGGAAUUUGCUCAGGGAGCACGCGCUGAAAGGUCACAUGAACCUCAAGACCCAAAAUCCGCUGGACCCAUCCCUGGAGAAGUUGAUCGAGUCGCUGAAGAUCUUCGACCGGGUGUUCGCGGAUUUCGAGCUAUGCUACGUGGGCGUGAUGGUGCCGGUGAAAUCGACGAAGGAGUACGAGCAGCAGGAGCUCGUGUGCGUUUUAUUUUCGGAGACGCUGCAAAGAGCUCUCGAACGCGGAUUGCUCAGCCAGGCAGACGUGGAUAAUUACGAGCCUGCCCUGAUGUUUACUAUUCCCCGUUUGGCGAUUGUUUCUGGCCUCUUGGCCCCGCCUGGUGGCCCCCUGUGCCUCAAUUCCCCCGACAACAUCAGCGAGGUCUUUAGACCUUUUAGGGUCUCGCACGAGAACAACGUAACAGUCGAGACGGUGCACAUUCAGAACUCUCUGCCCGACUUGGACUCGAAGAAGCUCAUCUCCGAGGCGAAUAAAACCUUGUCGAAUUUGUUAUUAGACGGCGAAUGCCAGAACGAGAUCUCCGAGCAGACCGACUCGGGAAUCUGCACGGUUAUCUCGUCGGAGAAUACCAGUUUGUACGAUAAGAGUCCCGAGGAGAAGAAGACGUUCGCCAAUGAGAUUCAACAGGACGAACCGGGCCUGGACGACGAGGACACGCAAGAGAACACCAGUUAUUCCUGCUCUAAUCUGAACUCACCGAAGAGAAAGAGUUCCACGAUAUCGGACAACUCGUGCGUUUGCAGCUUGCGCAGCGUGAAGACGGUGGCCUCGUUGGAUCACUCGAUCGAAGUGCAUAACCUGCACGCGGCCAACACCGAGGCCGCCAAGAACAUUCCACGAAUAUCGUCGAACUUUGACGGGACGAACGAGGAAUUCGUCGGAGUCGCCUACGGGAACGGGCACAUCUCUGUCUGCGACUCGAACCAGUCCAGCUUUCAGAUCAACUACUCCGAGAACUGGGAGAACCUGAAUUUGAGCAUCGACGCGUCUACUUCGAGAAAGGAAUUCUGGAGCGACCUGAAAUGCGAGAACUGCCCGUCUACGUCGCAGAACAUCGAGAAGAUCGGCACGAAGAUCGAGCAGUACGCGCAGGACAAGAUCACCACGUCUAGGAAGAUGAGGGACGAGAAGCAGAAACGGCGGCAUCAGCGUAAACACGAACGAAAUGGGCAGAAGCUUCAUCACGGGAUGCAGGAGAGUAGGAUGCAGAAUUUCCAGAACGUUCGAUCGUCUGCGAGCACGGAGAGUUCGAGAUCCAACUCGACGGACCGCUGCUUGAACCCCAGAUUGAUCAGUUACGGGGCCAGUCUGCACCCCAGUCAGAACACCAGACAGAUGCCUAAUUUUGGGAGCCAUAGUCCUCAUGCCAGUCCUAGACUGCAGCACUUCGAGACUCGUAGUACACCUGGUUCUGGUCAGAGGACCUCUAGCAUCGCUUCUAGAACUCAGCGAAACCUGUCCCCGCAGAAUAGGAAGCUUCUAGAUCAUAGGAGGUCUAGGUCUGAGCAGAUUAGUAGGAUGAAGAGGAGGGACGUCGAUAAGAGGGAGAAAUACGAAAGGGCCAAUCCCAGGUCCGAGCAGACUAAGAGAAAAUUGGGAAACAGAAGUCCCAAUGAACUGAUGAACGAUGGUUUGGGACCAAGAACGGACAAAAGCGGUCUGGCCAACGAGCCAGCCUCGCCAGUCACGACACAGACCGUGUCGUACGGAAUGCAAAAAGACAAUAACUCGCAGAGGGCCACGCGAGCUGUGAGGCUGGUGAACGCAUCCACGGUUCAAGGAACGCAGUCGUUCGGCUCGGAUCACGUAUUGGUUCAUAAGCCAGAUGUUGGAUCCAGUUCGAGCUUCUCGAGUUACUGCGACUCGAGUUCCGAGACCAGCGAAUUUCAAAGCGACUGUCAGGACGACGAAGAGAUAGCAUUGGCCAUGCAAGCUGCUGAGAUCGCGAAUAGGAACCAGAUUCGUGCGAAAUUCCGGUCGUCUGAGGAUCUCGUGCACCGUUUGUUUGUUUGUAUAGCCGGUGUGGCGGACCAGUUGCAGACGAACUUUGCCUCGGAUCUACGCAAUAUUUUGAAGUGUGUGUUCCUGAUGAACAGUAGUCAAACCGUGGAAGACGGUGAGAUGAAGGAUGAAAGUUUGGUAUCAGAGAAUGCCGUGACGAGUCCGUCAAACGAUACGGCCACCAAUCAUGACCGACAGGAUUUGCUGCAGGAAUACGAGGACGAUUUGGAGGAGACUACCGCGACCACAGAUCAUAAUAUCACGUCCGCCAUAACCGAGCGUGGCGAGGAGUGCGUGGAAAGGGCGCCGGCCUGGGUCCCGGACAACGACGCGCCCCGUUGCAUGGCCUGCCAGGCUGGGUUCACGGUGGUGAGGCGCAGACACCAUUGCAGGAACUGCGGCAAGGUGUUCUGCGGCCGUUGCAGCAGCAACAACGUUCCCCUGCCCCGUUACGGGCACACGAAGCCCGUGAGGGUAUGCAACAGGUGUUUUCUCUAUCAGGUGACGCCUUUCACGGUGACCCCGGUGACGCCGGCGAGCUGAACUUUGCCGGGUCCAGGCGUACGACGAGAGAGUUUCUAGGGAAUAAAUGGUUUGCUUCGUUCUCCAGAAGAUGGAGCCGUGUUCGCGCGCCCGCGGAUCGUUGUAUCCGGUCUCCCUUUUUUCUUCUAACUAUAACGACCGUAAAUGGUUUUUCUUUCGAGGUUUGUCUCUUAGGGUAAACGUUACAGACACGAGCAUCAAUAUAUAGACGUAUAUCUAUAUACAUAUAAUAUAUUAUAUACGUAUACGUACACACGCGUACACGGAGUAUGUUUAACGAGUGUUUUCGUUGGUGGUGUGUCCUUUCGAUUUUCAUUCGGUUUCAGCCAUUCUAGUGGAACUGUAUUUUCGGAUGUCACGAGUGUAUUUGAUAGUGUUCGAAUUUUUAUCGCGAAAGAGAUAAUGUAAAGUUGUUAUUUUUGGCGGGUUAAAUUUAAAUUCUCAUUUUCGUUAUUUUGUUUGGUAUUUUGCUUUUUCAUUUACUAUGUUGUUUCUUCUCUUGAUCUCUUCGUCAGGACGGUGUAAUUGUUGGUUAAAUUGCGAAGGGUGCAGUUUCGUUUCACGAAUUACGCGUGUUCGUGGAAAACUGAUUAGAACGGAUGAAGAUCGAAGGUACAUGACCACUACUCGUUCUUUGCGUUAUUUGUAUACUUACGUGCACUUAAAAUCGUAAAGUUUAGAGUAUAUAUCGGCGCCGAUCGCUAAUAUUUUUACACGUCGUGAUCGAACGUUUUUAAAGGAGCUAAUUUCCAAAAGCAGUUGUACCAUAAUGUAAUCUUACUUGCGCGCUUAGGCGAUAAGGCGUUGAGAAACGAACGAAAGAAACGAAAAAGAAAAAAAAAAAAAUGAAAAAAGAUUCGCAGUUGUUGCUUUCUAUUUAGGACACGUGCGAUUAUAUUAUACAAAGUAUUCCUUGUAUAUCGUCUCUGUUCCCAUUUUACUUUUCAUUUCUCUUCGUCCACGUUCCGUUUUGAAUUUUUAUCUUCUUCCGUUAG